CUGUGUGUUCUCCUUUUGAGUUAGCUAAGUGAUUCCAAUUAGCUUCAUAAUCUUUGACUGGAUUUAUUUUUAGCUAGCGAUUAAAGAGUCGUUGGAGGGUAUUCACUCUGUUCCUGCACAUAGAAAAAAUAUAAAUGUAUGCACUCACUAACUGUAAGUCGCUCUGUAUAAGAGCGUCUGCUAAAUGACUAAAAUGUAAAUGUAAAUAGAAAGUGUGUAAAUCCAUAGACCAGAUCAGAGGCUGAUCUAGCUAGGUCAGGAUUAACAGCUCCUCGAGACCGCGCUGGCUGCUCAGUUAUUGAAAGGAAUCUCUCUACUACACACGUUGGGCGGCAUUGGCAAGUUAGCUCGCUACCUAGCAAAUGCAAACUACACAGAACCGAUAGGUUUUCACAACAUGUCAUAUCGGAGGACAAUUAAAAUAGUGUGUGGGUUCGCUGGCGGAUCAGCAGUGCUGGUUGUUGCGGCUGCCGCAGCUCAAUACCCGGGCUGUUUCGGCCACACGCGAGCCGCUCAGUGGAGCCUUUUCAAUGUUUUGCAAGCUGCACAGCCAGCGGGGAACCGCACUGUUGCAUCUACUGGACAUGCCUGGGACUUCAACUGGGAUAAGCGGGACCUGUCUGCACUGUUGACACAUGGGAAGAAGAAGGAGAUCUUCAGUGAAGACCCAAGCUCAGAGCAGGACAAAGCCAAACCCAAAGCCACACGCAACAUCCUCCUCAUCAGACACUCCCAGUACAACCUGAGUGGCUUUGGGUUUGGAGACCAUGAGAGAAUCCUCACCCCUUUAGGUCGGGAGCAGGCUGAGUUUACUGGUCAGCAGUUGGCUGCCCUGGGGCUAAAGUAUGACAUCAUGGUCAGGGCCACCGAGACGGCCAACAUCAUCAGCAAAUACCUCCCAGGGGUAGAGCUGGUGAGCUGUGAUUUGCUAAGAGAAGGGGCGCCCAUCGAACCUGUGCCUCCUGUCACCCACUGGAAGCCAAACGCCGUGGGCCCUGCAAUUUCCCCCGGAGGGCUGGCAGAGGAUUGGGCUGAACAACGGCACCAUCACCUGGCUCACUGUGCGCCCCAGCGGCAGGGUGGCACUGAGGACACUGGGAGACUCAGGGUUCAUGCCCCCGGACAGACUCACACGGACCUGACCACGUUCCACCUACAGUAUUCACUCGUUCUCUCUCUGAGAGGUUCAGAUGUUGGUCGCAGGGUGAUCUGAAUGGCUCUUGAUUUCUGCUUAAGUGUCUUGAAAGUUACUUUUUGUGUUAUUUAUGAGAUAUGCUGUGGUGUUUUGUUGUGAUCAACUACCCUGCCAUCGUUUGCCAACUAGGGGAGAGUGGGGUAAGUUGAGCCACCCCUUGUUUCAAGGAAACCAUACACAAAAUUAAUCAUGUGACCAAAUAUUUAGGAAGAGGGCAUCAUUUCAUGAAGUCUGUGAAGGAAGAAACCAUAUGGUAAGCAAGUUAGGGCCCAAAAAUGGAUUUUCACAAAGUCAAAUGAAUUUGUGUUAUAGGUUUCAUGAUAAUUUGGAGGGUACUUAUAUUUGUCCUAUUUCACACAACUACAAGUGUGUAUUAAUACACAUGAUUUGGAAAUGUUUUUUUGCGUAUCUCACCUCCCCCUGAGACACACUCAGAGAGUGGGGUCACAGCCAGGGUCUGCCAUGAUCAACGAUGACCGUGAAGCAAUUAGGGUUCAGUGCCUUGCUCAAGGGCACAUCAGCAGAUCUUUUUACCUUGUCGGCUCUGGUAUUGGAUUUCAGUCACUGACCCAACGCUCUAACCGCUAGGCCAGCUGAUGCUUGUAUCUAAACCUAAGUAGAUCGUUUUAAGAUAGUUUUAUACAGCAGUUGGGGGUCUCUAUAAGCUACAAUAUGAGGUCCUAAACUUAGCAUGAAAGUGCAUCCUUGUAGCUGUGUGGGCUAAUAUAGUCAACAUGUUUGCCUUGCGGUAAGUUGAGCCAAUACCACCAUGACUCAUACAAAUUAUGAUUGCAUUUUGUCCGUUUUAUGCAUGAUAUGCAUAUACUUUUUGCAAUGUGUCAUGCAUAUGAACUCAAUAUAGUGAAUUUGUAUUGUUACAGAGCAGACCUCAUCAUGUCUGUGUAUACAAACGUUAAGCAAGAAGGGAUCUAGCCCCCCCUUGAGGUUCUUGACAGAGCAGCCAAGGAAUGAAAAAAUAGACUGAAUGACACUGAAGAGGUACAUUGACAAAAAAAAAGAAACAAACAUGUACCUGUUUGAAAGAGAGGCUGUGGCGGAGGCACACAAGGUCUUAUCUGAUGACAUGGAGUAUGAGCUUGCUAAACAUAUCAAGAAUCUCGCGGACCAGUUUCAUGGGCUUAGUAGCCUCAAAUUUAGAGAACUUGGCACAGCGAAACAUCCCUGUCCCAGAUAACUGGUCAAGAAAUGGAAGGGUAAGUGAUAUUGAACAGCGAGAUCUAUAUCUGAAUGUAGGCAUACAUUUCAGAUAUUCAAUAUACCACAACCCCCAUUCCAUGAAUUCAACUUUGACCUACCAGUACCACUACCCACUUACCCCAAGGCGGCUCAACUUACCCUGUCCCUAUACUCAACUUACCCCGUACCUGGGGGAGGUUGUGCCAAGAGACCACUUUCUGGACAAGCUAUGUUUUCAAAAAUGUCCAGGGAUACACAACAUCCUGAAAUAUAUGUAGAUAUCUUUGUUAGAAAGAAUACUAUAUUUCCCUUGACACACUGAAUGUAAAAAAUUGCUCAACAUACAGAAUAUGUUGUGCCCUUCCUGUCUUGAUUUUGUAUUAAACUGAAGGGGAUUUUGUAUUGAAGCAGGUUUCUCAAUGAACUGUUGCUGUAACCACGCCCUUCUUAACUCCAAAAGCUGAUGUGAUGAUGACUGCCAGGGCCCACUCAACACUCAUUAUGAAUGUAAACAGUAUGCGAGUUUCAAAGACAAAGUGACAGAAGGAUUUUUAAACCAAAAUCGUUCUAAAUCUGUAUGGCUUAUUUACUGUAAUGCUGUAAAUGCUUAUCAUGCUCAGUCCUUUUGUAUUUGGAUCAAGGCUUCCUCUAAGGAGGUUUAGAUACAGUUGUGUUGUGUUCAGUAGAAACAUGCAAUAAAGGAGACA